CUCUCCCUCUCUCCCUCUCUCCCUCUCUCCCUCUCUCCCUCUCUCCCUCCUGCCGCUGACAGGAAGAUGGUACCGUGCACAGAGUCUCCUCCACGCGAACCGACGGCGUCCCUCACCGACUCGCUGCGGGACUUCUGAACCCGACCAUGCCGUGUUACGCCAGGUUUCUGGUCUUGCUUCUGUGUCUGAUCCUGCUCGGGGAGUGCAGGAAACACAAAAGUAGGAAAAAGCGCUGGUCCGCGCCGGCGGAGAACCACAAGCCGGGCACUCCUCUGUCGAAGAAGGUUGCAGAUGGAACCAAAUCCCGGAAGACGAAGACCAGCCACCUUCUGCGCAUAGACGAGCAUGACUUCACCAUGAGGCCCGCCUUCGCAGGUCCCGCUGUCCCUGUUGGAGUGGAUGUGCAGGUGGAGAGCUUGGACAGCAUAUCAGAGGUGGACAUGGACUUCACCAUGACCCUGUAUCUAAGGCACUACUGGAAGGACGAGAGGCUUGCCUUCCCAAGCUCCACCAACAAGAGCAUGACAUUUGACGGGCGCCUGGUGAAGAAAAUCUGGGUGCCUGAUGUGUUCUUCGUCCACUCCAAGAGGUCUUUCAUCCAUGACACCACCACUGAAAACAUCAUGCUGCGGGUGUUUCCCGACGGUCAUGUCUUGUACAGCCUCAGGGUUACAGUAACUGCUGCAUGCAACAUGGACUUCAGUCGCUUUCCUUUGGACUCGCAGACAUGCACGCUUGAGCUGGAGAGCUAUGCUUACACAGACGAAGACCUGAUGCUGUAUUGGAAAAGCGGUGAUGAGUCCCUGAGCACGGAUGACAGGAUUUCUCUGUCUCAGUUCCUCAUCCAGAAGUUUCACACUACUUCAAGACUAGCUUUCUACAGCAGCACAGGCUGGUACAACCGUCUGUACAUCAACUUCACGCUGCGGCGUCACAUCUUUUUUUUCCUGCUGCAGACCUACUUCCCGGCCACUCUGAUGGUCAUGCUGUCCUGGGUGUCCUUCUGGAUCGACCGCAGGGCCGUCCCCGCCAGAGUCUCAUUAGGUAUAACCACGGUGCUCACCAUGUCCACCAUCAUCACUGGAGUCAACGCCUCCAUGCCCAGGGUCUCCUACAUCAAAGCUGUGGAUAUUUACCUCUGGGUCAGUUUUGUCUUUGUCUUCCUGUCUGUGCUUGAAUACGCUGCCGUCAACUACCUGACGACGGUGAGGGACGGUAAGGACCGCAAGCUCCGAGAAAAAGCCAGAGAACAGUCCCAGACACCCUGCACCUGUGGCAUGUCCCACGCCAGGACCAUGAUGCUCGACGGGACAUACAGCGAGGCGGAUGCCAACAGCCUGGCAGGGUACACGAGGGCCUCCAUGGCAGCUGAGGAUGCGUCGGAAAAACAGGAGCGAAUGGUAGUGCAUCUCUCCCUGGACACCGAGCCCCCGGGGACCAAGAAGAAGGGCAUCCGCGGCUUCCGGAUUAUCCAGAACACUCACGCCAUUGACACCUAUUCUCGCAUGAUAUUCCCUGGCGCCUACAUCCUGUUUAACCUGAUCUACUGGUGUGUGUACUGCUGAUUGAGUGCAUUCUAGCCCAAACUGUAGCAGUGUAAGAAAAGACUGUGGAAUCUUUUAGUCAUUAGAAGAGGGAUGCAGUUGUUUCCCUUCUACAUGUUCUGGUGGAGCAACAAGUUCGGCAGGAUGGUUGAAGAACAUCAGAGGCUGCUGGAUGUGGCUAUCUCCAACUCUGGCUCACAUGUCACCGCUGGACUGAACCACUUAUACCGAUUCUCCUCCUUUACAUACUUAUAUCAGAAGCUCAUGUUUACCCACAUCAUACUCCAACAACUUGGGGGCUGCUUGCACAAGUUGUGCUCCCUGACUAGUCUA